AUGGCCGUGUGGAAGGCUGAGAGGGAGCACGGCUUGCUGCGCUCCGACCUGCUGCCACCCGUGGGCACCCGCAGCACCAACAAUGAGCCAGCAGCACCUGUGCCAGUGCACUUCUACUGCCGGAUCUGCGUGGUGACCUUCGACUCACAGGAGAGCUUCGAGAACCACUGCUCCUCCAUUGAGCACGCGCAGAUGCUCUCGGCUGACAGCUCUGUGCAGUGGGUGCACCGUGCGCCGCCGCUUGGGCUGACCAAGUUCUCGCUGUGCAGCAGAGCGGAGGUGUGUGAAAUGGGCAAGAGCUGCACCAAGGCUCAUUCCAAAGAGGAGCUGCAGGAGUGGAUCCAGAGAGUGAAGGUUGCUGCGAAGAAAAAGAAGCAGGCCCUGAAGGAUGGGCUCUUGUCCUACCAGGACCGUCUCAUUGCGGAGUAUCAGACGUGUUCCAACGAGGUGUUAAUUAUGGCUGAGCAUGUUGAGGGCGUCCGAGUCGUGUGUGAGCAGCCCCUGAAUGUGCAGCUGGAGGACAGGAAGAUGAAAUACCAGUGGAGAUUCAGGAUCCACACUCAGAUGCCUCUGCAGCACGUGGCCCUGCUGAAGCGGGAGCCUGGAGUCAGCUUCUACCUCUCGGGGAAUGGGCUGUCCCGGGGCCUCCAGUACCUUCGUGGGGAGCACGUGCCCACCCUGUCCUCCUCACCCGGCACUGCGCUGGUGGAGAUCAGCAUGGAAUGCUGCACGCUGGGUGUCUUUGAGCAGUGGGUGGUCUUCGACUUCGGCAAACGCCCCGUCCUCAUGCAGAAGAUCAAGGUGAAGGUGGGUCGACGGGACACCCCCCAGCAGGUCCCCAGCAGCAGGGAGAGCAGCCGCCCCGUGAACUUCGUGCGGUGGGAUAGAGGUAACCGAGUCAUCGUGCCCAGCGUGCCAAGGACUGGUGAAGAUGUGGAUCUGCUGGCAAAGUACAAACCUCCUGCUCUUGCACUGGAUUACCAAAGUGAGGGUGGUGCAGUCGUUCCCAUCACCCGGCUCAACUAUCGGGAGAGGAUGCACAGCUUCCUCUUCCGUGAGGAAGAAGCUGAGCAGGCCCUGAUUGCCAAACUCAACCUGCGUGUCCUCAUCUCACUGACCCCCAUGCUGCAGAGCCUCUCCAUGGGGAUGAAGUUUGCUGUCUCUGGUGAGCUGUUUGCUGAAGUGCCUACUCCUUACAACCUCUCGCCGGACACAGAUGAGGGGUACCUGCUGAGCAGGUCUGUGCCCACUGCUUUCCUGGCACUUGACCCACCUGUAGACAAUCGGGUUUAUGAGGUUAUUGUGGAGCAUAAAGCCACCACAGAGAAGACCAUCUGGCUACAGAUACCAAAUAGAUGCUGCUCGGAGCUGAACUUCAAGUCUAACACCUCCCACAAGGUGGAGAUCCAGUUCCAAAUCGACCAGCUGCUGUUCCGGCAGUGGCACCAGGCUGUGGAUCACCUGUUGGAUGAGAAGUUGGUCCUGCCAGAUGUUGCCAGUUGCUCCAUCCCCUACUCUCUUGGUUCACCACAGAGAGGGAAUAGCAAGCAGAAACAAGCCAUCUCCUUCAUCACGGGCCAGCCAACCACCAGCCGGCAGGUCCCACCUCUGCUCAUCUAUGGGCCCUUCGGCACAGGGAAGACGUUCACCUUGGCCAUGGCCACCUUGGAGAUCCUCAGGCAGCCUGACACACGGGUGCUGAUCUGCACUCACACAAACAGUGCUGCUGACAUCUACAUCCGGGAGUAUUUCCACAACUACGUGAUCAAUGGGCAUCCAUGGGCUGUUCCCCUGAGGAUCAUAUCCACCGACCGAUCCGUCAGCCUGACGGAUCCCAUCACCCAGAUGUACUGCUGCCUCUCUCCGGACCAGCGCUCCUUCCGCCACCCCACGAAGGCAGAGAUCGACAAGCACCACAUCAUUAUUACCACCUCCAUGUUAUCCAAGAACCUGAAGGUUCCCCCAGGCUACUUCACCCACAUCAUGAUCGACGAGGCUGCACAGAUGUUGGAGUGUGAAGCUUUGGUUCCACUCUCCUAUGCCACUUUUAAGACUCGGAUUGUCCUUGCUGGGGACCACAUGCAGAUAACCCCAAAGCUGUUCUGUGUUGGGAGUGGGCAAUCUGCUGAACACACCCUCUUGAACCGACUCUUUCAGUUCUACCAAAGGGAGAGGCAUGAAGUGGCCAUGAAGAGCAGGAUCAUCUUCAAUGAGAAUUACCGUUCCACUGCAGGCAUAAUUGAGUUUGUCUCCAAGCACUUCUACAUUGGCAAUGGCAAUGCUAUCCAAGCCAGUGGGAACAUCCCACCCCAUCCUGAAAUCUACCCACUUGUGUUCUGCCACGUGCGCGGUGUGGCUGAAAGGGAUAUUUCCAUGAUUUCUUGGCACAAUGCCUCUGAGAUAACACAAGUGAUUGAGAAAGUGAAGGAGAUCUAUCAGAGGUGGCCAGAUGAGUGGGGCACCCGGGAUCUGAAGAGGAUCUGUGUGGUCUCCCACGGGAUGCAGGUUUCUGCAACAAGACAAGAGCUGAGGAAAAAGCAGCUACAAGAUGUGGUGGUGGAAAACUAUGAAAACUUGCCAGGGCGGGAGUUUCGGGUCAUCAUCAUCAGCACAGUGCACACCAGUGAGAGCCUGCGCAUCUCAGCCUCCCACAACCUCGAGUUCUUCAACGAGGCCAGAGUGCUCAACACCAUCAUGACCCGGGCUCAGUCACUGGUGGUUGCAGUGGGGGAUGCCAUGGCCUUGUGCUCCCAUGGCCAGUGCAGCAAGGUGUGGAAACGUUUCAUCCAGCAGUGCAUCGACAAGGGGAGUGUCUUCCCAGAGAACCUGACGAUGGCCCAGAUCAAACAGGCUGCCUGUGACAAGGAGAGCUGGAGCAGGAGGAGCCCAGAGGCGGAUGAGGAGGACAGUGACACAGAUUCCUUCAGCUCUGAGGGUGAGAGCAUGAAUCCUGACGAUCCCAUCCUCCAGGAGCUCUUAGAUGAGAGCAAGAACAUGAUGGUGACAGUGUCUGAAGAAGGGCUUCUGAAUGUGAGGUCUGAGGCUUCAAACCUGUGCGAGGACAAGCGAGAAUACGUCAGCUUCUCCUCUCAGAUGAUGCAGCAGUAUCUGCAUAUGCACCCCAAAAUGUACAAGAGAUGUGAGCUGAUCAAAGAGGGGUUCGACAGAGCUUCUGCCUUCACCCUCAACGACUCCCCUGCCAUGAACAUUCAGAUCAAAGGCAGAGUUCACUGUGGGACAGCCUUCACUGGGGAUGAGGUGCUGGUAGAAAUCCUGCAGAGCAGCUCAGGUGACAGCGGCAGCCACCGCCCGCAGGGGAAGGUGGUGGGAAUCCUAAAGCGUGCCGAGAGAGAACGGACCUUCAUCUGCAUGAUGGAUGAAUUUGAUCCCAGGGUGAUGACCCCCAUCGAUCCAACUGUCACCAAAAUAUUUGUCCCAGGGCUGAAGGAGAAACCCAAUGUCAUUCCCAUCCGCAGGCUUGUCAAUGGGAAGUAUAGAGUGGUCAGCUGUGAGAAGAUCAGCCAGGAGACAAGGAGGUCCCAACUCUUCUGCGUCCAGGUUAUCUCCUGGCGGGAAGGGUUUUACUACCCUUUGGGGAUAAUAACAGAAAUCAUGCAUGCAGCGUUGACUUUGGAAGAAGGCUUAAAGAUCCUCUCCUUGGAGUAUGGUUUGGAGAAUAAAUACCCAGCUGCUGUCAUCAAGGAGUCAGCCAGAUACACCUCCAGCAGCAAACUAAACUCCACCAAGGAAACUCUGAAGGACUGUCGGAGUUACCUGACCUUCACUGUGGACCCACAAGGUGCCAGGGAUUUGGACGACGCUAUCAGCGUUAGGGAUCUUGGACGUCACUAUGAGAUUGGGAUCCACAUUGCAGAUGUGGCUGGUGUCAUUCCCAAAGGCAGUGCCUUGGACCUGGAAGCAAAGAAGCGAGGUGUCACCUACUAUGCUCCCAAGCAGGAACCUCUGUGCAUGUUCCCACCACGUAUUAGCCAAGACUUCUGCAGCCUCCUGCCACAGAAAGAUCGACGGGUGAUCUCCUUCUUUGUCACGGUAGAAAAGGAGACGGAUCAGAUGUUAAAAGGAAUCUUCACCAUCUCCAUGAUCCGCUCAGACAGGCAGCUGUCCUAUGAAGAGGCAGAGCUGUGCAUUAAGGAACGCUACAGGGGAGCAGCAAGGGCCCUUCGUUUCGAAACCCUGGAGGACUGCAUAGCUGUGGCUUAUCACUUCUCCAGGAUCCAUCGGAAGUUUCGGCUGCAGGAGGACUGUUUCUAUGACCGGCUGGACGAGGAAAGUUCCCCGGGUAACAGGGGGUCCCAUCAGAUGAUAGAGGAGCUAAUGAUCAUGUUCAACAGUUUUGUGGCUGAGUUUCUCACCAACCAGGAGAUGACCAGAAGUGUCACUCCUCUCCGGUGCCAGUGUGAGCCAAGUCUUGCACAGCUGUCACAUAUGAAAAAUAAGUACAGCCACAUUGUUCCUUUGUCCAUCCAUCUCUUGCACCACCUGGGAGAGAUUCCUCCUGGCCAAGAAUCCCCUAAAAAUGUGGAGUUCAGUCUCCUGGCCCCCAUCUGGGAGCACCUGCAGUCAGCUGCUAAAGCCCGUGACUUCCAAAAGAUGCUAGACCUCAUCGUCACGGAUGACAUCCACCCAAAGCUGGCUCCUGUGGCCCUGGAGUUCAGGAGACUUCUCAGCCGCUCCUAUUUCAGUCGCUCCAACUCCACUGUCCAGUCAAAGGCUGGUCAUUACUCCCUGCAUGUUGACUCCUACACCUGGGCUUCCUCUCCCAUCCGCCGAUACGUGGAUGUCGUGGUCCAGAGGCACCUUCAUUCCGUGCUCCGCAAGAAGCCUCUCAUCUAUUCUGCAGACGACAUUGACUUUCUCUGUCAUGACUUCAACAGGAAGAAUUCCCAGGCGAUGAUGUAUGAGAAGAGAGCCCACUGCCUAGAGAUGGCCACCCAGCUAAAAGCCCAAGUCCUGCAGAAGAUUGCCUUCGUGGUGGAUAUCGAAGAGAUGAGCAGGUUUUUUAAAGCCCUGUUUCCCCUGAACAAAGAGAGCCUUCCAGAUCCACAGAUAAUUAGCUACAGGUCCCUUCAACUGAUAGAACAGCCUGUGUUCAUCCAGCAGCGGAACAGCAUCAGGCUGACGUGGAAGAGGAGGAUGUACUCUGUGGAGACGAAGGAGCACAGCCUGCGAGAAGGACCUCUCCGUGACCUCAGUGUCACCCUCUUCCACACCCAGACGUGGCAAGACGUGCUCGCAGCCAUCAGGAACGAGGAGUUUGAGACUGCUGCCUCCCUGCUGCGGCAAAGCAAGGAUCUGUACCAGCGGCACAUGGGCUGGGUGCGGAAGAGCCUGUGCUCACACUACAUGGAGCUGUCCCUGGAGCUGAGUGCCGGCGAUGCACUGAGGUUCCAGCUCACCACCGAUGUCUCCCGGGGCUUCCUGGUGCCCUUUGUGCAGCUGUGGUGUGUGACACCAGGUUUUGAUGUCUGUCUGCAGCACACAGAGAAGCCCAUUGAGUGCUUCUCUGCCUACGCCACGCUGCAGUCCAAGGACAGGUACAAGCACACAACGGAGUACGACAAGGUGUGGAUGCCAAUGAGUGCCAUGGAGUCUGCGUCAUGUGCCGUGGCUGAGAACGACUCGAUUGUCCUUCAUGAUGUUAAAAUAAACUGGGCAAAGCAAAGGACAAGCAAAGGACAGCUGCAGGGGAGCUUCAUGCUGAACAAACAAUGGUUGGAGGACUGCUCCAUCGAAGUGGACUUCAACCACUGUUACCUGUGCAUUCGCUUAGGUGGGCUGAAGCUUGGGAGCCUCCAAAAUGAUGAGGAAUGCCUUAGCCAUGGCCUCCAGAACCUGACUUUGCUUGACAAGGGCAAGUCAGAGAGCAAACUUAUGCUUGAUCCUGAUACCUACACCUGGGUGGCUCACGGGGUCACUGAGGAAUUCAGUGAAGACGAGAAGUCAGACAGGACUAGUCAGAAGACUAUGAACUUUUACAUCCACUAUAUGUCUAUGGAGAACAUCCCUGUGGAGAUCUCACAGGCCUCUGCCAGGUUCACGGUGGAGCUCAUACCAAAGAUGCUGCCAGAUAUACGGAAAGAAACAGCAAUUUGGAAGCUCAAGUAUGCCUCUGACCUUGUUAAAAGCAUCGCCCUUGGCCAUGAACCUCCUCAAAAAGUGACAACAUCCAAAAUCCUGCAGCAAAAAUCCUUUAAUAUCCCUGGCAGCCACAGGAAGCUUAACCAGAGUCAGAAUCAGGCUGUUCUGGAUGCUCUGAGAAAAUCCUUCACGCUCAUCCAAGGCCCACCAGGCACAGGGAAGACUGUUGUUGGAACUCACAUUGUCCACUGGUUCCAUCAGCUGAAUGAGGAGAGUGUUGAAAAGGAGCAAACACCAUCCUUGGAUGAUAAAAAGUCCAAGAGGAGAAAGUGCAUCUUGUACUGUGGCCCAUCCAACAAAUCUGUUGAUGUUGUUGCUGAGAUGCUGCUGAAGACGAAGAACCUGAAACCACUGAGGGUUUAUGGGGAGGCCAUUGAGACGAUGGAAUUCCCAUACCCAGGGAGCAACCGGCACCUCUCCCGUAAAUCCCUGCGGGAUGCAAAGCCUAAGCGUGAGCUCAGCGAAAUAAUCCUGCAUCAUCGCAUCCGGCGAGCGCCCAGCCCUUUCUGGCAGGAGAUCUGUAAGUUUGAUACUCGGAUGAGGAAUAGAGAGGACAUCACAGAAGCAGAAACAAAGGAGUACAAAGAUUGGUUGACCCAGGGUCGUGCGUAUCAGCUGGCACGUCAUGAUGUCAUCCUGUGCACGUGCUCUGCUUCAUCUGCUGGCUGCCUAGAGCAGCUCAAUGUCAAGCAGAUAAUCAUCGAUGAGUGUGCUAUGUCCACAGAGCCUGAGACCCUCAUCCCCCUGGUCAGCCACCGCCGUGCUGAGAAGGUUGUUUUGCUUGGGGAUCACAAACAGCUGCGACCAGUGGUUAACAAUGAUGUCUGCAAGAGUCUUGGCAUGGAGACGUCUCUCUUUGAGCGCUACCGGAAACAGGCAUGGAUGCUGGACACGCAGUACCGCAUGCACAAAGCCAUUUGUGAGUUCCCAUCCCAGGAGUUCUAUGAAGCACGGCUGAAAACGUGUCCCCAGCUCUUUCAGAAACCCAGUGUGCUUCACCACAGGGGUAACAGCUGCUGCCCCAUCAUCUUCGGGCACAUGGAAGGGAAGGAGCAGUCCCUCAUGAUUUCUACUGAGGAAGGAAAUGAGAACUCCAAAGCUAACCCAGAGGAAGCAGCACAGGCGGUGAGGAUAGCCAAGCAGCUGACACUAGAUGGCACCAUCCGGCCGGAGAGCAUCGCCGUCCUGAGCCCCUACAACGCCCAGGUGUCCGAGAUCAGCAAGAGCCUCCUGCGGGAGGGGAUCCGCGGGGUCACUGUCUGCACCAUCAUGAAGAGUCAAGGAAGUGAGUGGAGAUAUGUGAUCCUGUCAACUGUACGCUCCUGCCCCCGCUCUGAGAUCGAUAGGAAGCCCACAAAGAGUUGGCAGAAGAAGUACCUUGGGUUCGUUACCGACCCAAACCAGAUCAAUGUUGGCAUCACACGAGCUCAGGAAGGACUCUGCAUUAUAGGGAACCGAUACCUCCUGGAGUGCAACCCUUUGUGGAGGAGACUGCUCCAGCACUACCGCCAGCGCAACUGCUACGCUGCAGCCCAGGAGAUCCGUGUCAGGAGGACCUCAGCCUUGCUCGGAUGA